GCUCAUUUUUGCAAUAUGGCUUUGGAUUUUGUGGCCACUUACAAGGUGCUGGUUCUAGGUGACUCCAAUGUGGGCAAGACGUGCAUUGUGCACAGAUACUGUGAUGAAAAAUACUACGAUACAUACAUCUCCACCAUAGGCAUAGACUUCAAACAGAAACUAAUCAAUUUGGAUGGUGUGCCAAUCAAACUGCAAAUAUGGGAUACAGCUGGACAAGAGCGUUUUCGCACAUUAACCACAGCCUAUUAUCGCGGUGCCAUGGGCAUACUGCUCAUGUACGAUGUGACCAAUCUGGAGAGCUACAAUAAUUUAUCGUACUGGUUGCGUAAUAUACAGGAGAAUGCUUCACCGGAUGUGGUCAAAGUACUGGCGGGCAAUAAGUGUGAAUGCUCGGCUCAACAGCGCAUGGUGGACAAGGAGAGAGGUGAAAAGAUUGCCGAAAACUUUGAAAUGCCCUUUUUCGAGGUCUCUUGCAAAUCGAAUAUUAAUAUAGAGGAUGCUUUCUUAUCGCUGGCACGCAAAAUACGCGAGCAGCGCGAACGACGCGGCGACAACUUUGACAACGAUGACAAACAGGAUAAGAAGUCACCCGGCUCGAAUGGUCUGGGCACCUUCAGCUUGGGCAGUUUCUCGGGAGAUAAUCGCUGCACUUGCUAAGCUAAUAGUCUUCUCAGCUCAUAAGUUGUCCCAGUUUUAAAUGCAUUACAGUCAACUUAAAAUUCCAAACAUAACAAGCCUAUGUAUCUAUUGUAAAACGUACAGAGUGUGCAUUUUUUAAUGUUAGUCCAAAUAAUAGCAUACAAAUUUUUAGCAUAACAAUACUUAAUAUAUUUAGUUGAUAAUAGCAUCAUUUUGAUUUCCAUAAUGUACUCAUAAGCUAAAUAAGUCAAUAUAUUGUAUAAAUAUUAUGCGCAUAGCUAUAAAGCUCUAACGCGAAUGAGAAGAAUUCUGAAUGUAAGACGCUUAUAAUAAGUUAAAACGAUUACAAAAC